UGUUCCCAUAAUUUUUCAGAAAAACCACCUGCCAAACAAAAAAUUAACACGAACCUUGAUUACAGCAGAGAACGUAGAUAACAGCACAUGUUUUAGCUGUAAAAUUACACGAUUUGCCAAUCGUUCCCAAUCCUCUAACGUAGGUACAGAUUUUCCGCAAUGAAAUUAUUAUUUUUUCUUUUUGUGUUUUUGGUAUCUUCUUUGAUAGAAGGCGCUCCUGAAGACAACGAGCAGUGGUUACAGCCGAGGGAUAUCACCGAUAUCUUCGGCUGGUUAUAUUAUGGAAGUAGCAAUGCGGACAAUAAUGGAGAAAAUCACAAUUCAGAUUCGCAUUUUCAGCAUACUAAUGAAUCAAGUACGAAUAAACCAAUAGAAGAAAUUGGCAUUGCAAAAGAUGACUCUACUAAAUUCGAACCCACUGAUAAGGCAAAAACAAAAGAUGCACCUGUACCUGAAGUAAAGUUUCUUAAACAAUGGGAAGACGAGAAUCCAAACCAGCCAAAAUUAGAAGAGAAUGGCAGCGUCAGAGUUAUACCUAUCAAUGAAGUAGGGCCAAAUGAAAAACCCGAACCAAUUGAAACCCUUCUGGAACAUUUGAAGCAGGAGACGAAUGAAACAAACGAAGAGGAAAAGAAAAACAGCAUGGGAUUAUUAAUGGAUUUGAAAACAACAAUGAAAGAUACAUCUACCAACCUAGCUAAAGUUCUCAUCAAUAAAACAUGGCAUAUUUUCGAUAUUGGCACAUUGGGGUCAACACGAAGAACAAGAAACGCAAACGAAACCGACAACAUAUUGCUCUCUUUCUAUUAUGCACUUUUUGGCUGGCUUCAAAAAAUCUUAUCUGGCGGAUUACACUUAGGAGGAAAUAAUAUUUUGGGAAACGCACAAUUGGGAAAUAAUGUUCAAGGAGGAGGCCUUUUCAAUAUGCUAUUUCCAUUCUAUUCUUCUAACGGAUCACUCAACCAAAACGUAUUAGGGGCAGUCGCUGGUCUACCUGGAGGAAAAAAAAGCAAUUCGGGCAAAAAUCUAUAUUAUAUCAUAAUUAAUGACGACAACAAGAAAAAGGCGAACGAGUUGCUGGGUGGUAACACGACAAAUGACAUUAUGUUAAAAAUUAAAAAUUAUUUAAGCGAGAAGUCAUUAGGCACUGAAGAAAAGUUCUAUAUCAUCUUGAAAUUACACGAUUUGUUUGAUAAAUUAUACCACAAAAAUGACAAAACUAUGUUGAAAUUGAUCAACUUGAUUUUUGAAAUCGGUGACGAUGAACGAUUCGAUCAGCUAUUUAAAAUUUUCAAAUCAAAAAAAGAUGAAGAUUUUGAUGAAAUAUGGGAAUUAUUCAAAAAAAAACCAAAAUUAAAUGAAAAAUAUAUCACCAUCAUAAAAAAUCUCCCUGAUGAGAAAAUAGAAGAGCAUCCUUCUCGUGACUGUUUCAUUAUCAACAAUGAAGAUGAUGACGAUGAUGACGAUAGUGACUCUGAUUCUGAUUCUGAUGUAACAGAUAAUAGUGGCAAAGAAAAUACUGGCAAGACUAAAAGUAAAGUUAAAACAUACGUCUGGAAAACAAGAGACACGAAAUCAAAGAAAAAUAUUUAUAUUUGCUGCAUUGACGAUGAUGAUGAGAUGAAGGCUGAUCGUAUUCUUGAUGGAAAAACUAAAGAUGAAACCAUGGAUAUAAUUAAGAAAAAAAUAGACAGAGAUGAUUUGGACGAUGAAUACAGAUGGUACAUCAUACUCAAAUUAUACAAGAUGCUUAAAGAAAUAGAAAAUGAUGGGAAGGAUGAUGACAAAAAAGACAAAGAAGAUAAAGAGAAAAUCAUCAACUUGAUUAUACUGAUUGGAGAAAAACCUAAAUUUAAGAAACUCCUCGAAGGCUUUGAAUCGAAAAAAGAUCCACGUUUUCACGAAAUCAAGAAAUUACUGAAAAAUCAACCGAGAGAACCAGAUGAAAUCGUAAAAUUGCCGAAGAAAGAAGAAAUUGACCCUCAAAUAUCAUCGAGUGAAAACGUCAAAGAUGGAAAAGAAGAGAAACAUGAUAACGAAUCAAAUCCUCCUCAAGCCCCAAGCAUACCAUCCGUCGACAAUACAACGCCCCCAGACGUAUUCAAUAUCGAUCUGUCCAUCUGGAAAACUGAUUUCGAUCCUAUUCUGAGAGAUAUAGAAAUGAAAAUGAAAAAUCCGAAUUUGGACCAACCAUCGAGAUGGAAAAUAGUCGAGUUCAUAGAUAAAUGGUAUUUAUCUGAUUCUAUUGAUCCAAAAGUAAAAUCGAAGUUUGAUGGACUUCGUGAAAACAUUAAACAAGAUCCAAAUUACGAUCCCGUUUUCAAGAAAAUAAAAGAAGAUAAUGCACCUCCUGUUACCAAAAGAGUGUUUGAUUUAUUUGGAAAAGAACUUGAAUAUCCUUCCAACGAAUCUUACCAGAAAAUUUCACCCCCUCCAAAUCCCACAAUUCAGGAAGAGAGGAGAGUGUGGCCGUGGUCUCGGACCAUCACCAAAUCGAGCCGUUAUUAUUACCCAGGAUAUGAUACGGUUACGACCCAGCAAAAUAGCGAUGAUGAUGUUUUGGCAGAUCUACCGUUAGUUGAUAAAACUGAAACGUUGAUAACUCAUUUCGCGCUGCAGGACUACGCGUAUAACAUCUCGAACGCAGCAUAUCAAGAUCCUGUUUCAGCAAUGCAUACGGAAAAUUUAAAGCAAACAACUAAAGCAACAAUUGAUAAUUACCGAAGGGAUUUCGAUACUCUGGAGAAUGGGAUACUCUCGAAGAUAACAAAAGAUACAGAUUUUGUCAUAGAUAUGCUGAGAGAGUUUAAAAGAUAUCUCUUAAGAACAGAUUCCACGGCAACGGGAAAGAGGUACACUAGAGGAGAAGAAAGAAGGAAAAUGGAGGAUUUUAUAUUUUUACAAAAUUCCCUCGGAGUAAAACUAACAAAAGAUUAAUAAUUGAUCACACAUGAAGAAAAAUUUUGGAUUUCAAACAAUGUACCUACCGAACCAUGAAUUUGUACUUGUUUAGCUUUGACAACACAAUACCUAAAUACAUUUAAUUAUGACACGAUUAAACUCAUCGAGGAAUAUUUUUACCUUACUCAUGGACCUUUUAAAUCAUUUUGAGCAUAAUUUAUCAAAACAGUAGCAACCUGUUGAAAUUCAAGAUUUUACUGUACACAGCUAAUUUUGAAGAAAAUUGUCUGAAGAACGACUCGAAAUUGCCAUUAGUGAAUCUAAAGCGUCAAAAUUUAGAUCCAAACGAAAUUUCAGAUUUCAACUUUCAAGUACAUAAUAUGGAAGCGACAAAAUAUGUUUUAAUUGAACUUGUCGCUGAAAGACGUAUGGAUCCAGAGAAGUCAAAAACCAUGCUCGAAUCAAUCAAAUAGUCGCAGAAAAAAAUGAAUUCCCGUUUCAAAUGCCCUGGAGUCUUACAGCCUAACGACUUGACUAUGAUCUUGAUAUUUUUCAUUAGACUUUGAGUUUUUAAUAAUCUUCUAAAAUUCUAAAAAGAAAAUUCAGCUUUUGAUAUUUUAUGCGUUGUGUGCUUCUAGAUGGCUUUUAAGUCACGACCCAAAGUUUUCACUGGUAGUUGAGAUAUCUUUUACUCAAUCAGUAUUUUCUAUUCUUUGCAAUGGAACUACUCAACACGUUUAGUUUCAAUUUCAAAAAAAUUAAAACUGAAUACUAAAUCUUUUGCUGUUAGAUUAUUUCCUAUUUUACAAACUUACCUAUCGUCAAAUUUCAGGAUUGUCACUAAUAAAUCAAUUUCGCCAAUAAUGACAAAAAUUUCGAUAGGGAAUCAUUUCUCUCCUUCACAUACCUAUACAAGUAAUACUGAGACAAACCAGCACAUACAUGAGAUAGAAAUCACAAGGUCAAAGUAAUCAACCUUACGUUGUGAAUUUCAUUUUUUUUUUCGAAUUUAUCAAACACGUUGUCAAAUAACUUCUCAAUUACUGAAAAUUGUUCCCAUAAUUUUACAAAAAAUAAAUAACACCUGCCUAACAGAAAAUUUAAACGAACCUUGAUUACCUACGUAGAAGAGAAAACGUACUAAGAUAACA